AAUUAAGAACUAUAGAUCAAGAAAAGAAAACGUUUUCGAUCUCAUAGCUACGUAAUGGCCUCUGUUAAAAUACCGAUUUCGGUCCCUUCUCCUCGAUUGGAUGCCGAUCAGCUCUACAACGCCUUCAAAGGAAGAGGAUGCGAAACUUCCGUGAUUAUCGAGGUUCUUGCCCACCGAAGCUCGACUCAACGUGCCCUUAUCGAACAGGAAUACGAAACCAAGUUCUCUGAUGAUCUCCGGAAACGCUUACAGGCCGAGCUGCAUGGCCAUCUCAAGAAAGCAGUCCUUCUAUGGAUGCCUGAACCAGUGGCACGAGACGUGUCGAUUCUGAAACAUGCCCUUAGGGGAGCCGCGACGGACCACAAGGCUAUCACCGAAAUCAUAUGUACUCGGUCUGGUUCUCAGUUACGUGAGAUCAAACAGAUUUACUUCAACACUUUCGGUGUCAGCCUCGAACACGACAUUCAAUCCGAAGCCUCUGGUAAUCACAAAAGGCUUCUGCUUGCGUAUUUGAACACUACACGGUACGAAGGGCCGGAGAUCGAUAACGUGAUGGUGGAGAACGAUGCGAGAACUCUUAAGAGCGCGGUGGCUAGGAAGCAUGGAUCUGAUGACAAGACUUUGAUUCAGAUUUUCACCGACAGAAGCAAAACACAUUUGUCUGCUCUUCGAUCUACUUACCGUUCUAUGUAUAAAAAGGAAUUAGGAAAGGCUAUAAAAGACGAAACACACGGGAAUUUCGAGCAUGCCCUUUUGACAAUCCUGCAAUGUUCGGAAAACCCGUCGUUCUACUUCGCAAAGGCGUUGAGGAAGUCGAUGAAAGGGCUUGGAACGGAUGACACAGCGUUGAUAAGGAUAGUGGUGACGAGAGCAGAGGUGGACAUGCAGUACAUAAAGGCCGAAUACCGAAAGAGGUACAACAAGACACUGUACAACGCUGUCCAUUCCGACACGACUGGACAUUACAGGACCUUCCUCCUCUCUCUUUUAGGUUCCAAAGAUUAAAAUCUUUUUCCCUUCUCUCCUCUUCUUUUUAGUAUAUAUGGAGAAUUCACAUUGAUUUGAUCCAUAUGAUUUAUAGUUUGUCCAUUUUCAAGUGACUUCUGUACCAUUUGAUGUCAAUUUUUCUGAUGUUGAGUGAUUGGAACAAUCUUUCGUGAUGA